AUGUCAACACCAAUCUGCAAUCUCUCCCGAGCAUCCCUAAAAGAUGUCCCCAAGCUCGCAGAAAUCGCAGCGGCCGCCUUCAACAAUGAUGCUCACACCCAAAUGAAAGCCACGUCCCCAAAGCCCGGAUCCUUCGUUAGAGACAUGGCUCAGGGCCUCAGGAUGUGGAUAAAUACCCCCUCCCGAUGCGUCGUCCUCAAAGCCACCAACGACAGUCAUGGGACCAUAGUCGGCUUCAUCAGUUGGGGGUACAAGGGUGUGGAGCUGGACGUACCUCUACUUCAGAGCGAGGUGGGCAGCGAUGAAGGAGGCAAUGAGAAAGGGAACAGUGAUCCUGCCGAACCCAAUUUGGAACAGACUUCAACGACUACGGACCAACCACAGGAAACGCCGAUUCAAGGUGCUGACCGCAUAGCCGAGUUAGAGAGGCUGACCAGCUCCCACCUGGCAGAUUUCCAGAAGCGGAUCAUGCCCGCGGGGACGAGGUGCAUGUACAUUGGGGGGAUCACCAUCGAUCCGGUGUAUCAGGGGAAAGGGGUAGGAAGUCAACUCAUUCGAUGGGGGAUAGAGCAGGCGGACCGUAAUGGGGUCUUUUGUUGGGUGCAUUCAUCUGAGGCGGGCUGGAGGAUGUUUGAGAAGCUGGGCUUUAAGGAGGUGGAUCGCUUGACGGUUGAUCUUGAUGCGUGGGCGGUUAGGACACCUAGGGCUGAGGGAUGUGAUGGGUGGGGACAGUAUACUUUUCGGUACAUGGUUCGGCAGCCGGCCGAGGCAUAG